AUGUUCGCGACUCAGCUUGAACAGACAAUCGUCAACCUCAUCUGCUACUACGGAGACUUCGGUCCCAUCGACGCCAAAGAUGUGAAGGAGUCCUGGAUCCAGCUGCUACUCUGCCUGAACAUCUUUGACUACAAAGGUUACCCCUUAUGCAGAUUUUGGACCGAUGACGAAUGCAGCGAGACGGAACACCAAUGGCGCCAUAAUGGGUCGAAGAGAUGCUGCCACUACCUCAAGAUCGAGGACAACGAAAAGCUGAGUCGCGCCUUCCGACAAUUCUACAUCGACGCCAGUGAUCCACUCAUCGAGCGACGAGCUGACUCUGCCCUUCUCGAUGCAAUCGUCACUUUCGCUGCACAAGGAUGCUGUGUUGAGCACAAGAAGAGCAAAAAAUGCAUGGCGAUCUUAGCAGAAGAGCUCCUGCCUGUCGUCAAGAAGUGGCGGAGACAGUAUGUGUUCUGCGAGCCUCCUGAGCCGGCUCUGAUUGGGGAAGCGGUGGAAGUAGACCCACCCGGACGAGUUUCAGGCAUCUUCGGUAGGCGGCGGUACAAGAAGCUUUCCAAGAAACACCAGCGAAGCCGAAGCGUCUCUCCCUCGUCGGAUGAGGAGUCUUUCGAUGUAUCGCCAGUCCCCGGGAAGCCACCAAGACCCGUCUCUUCAGCUCACGACAUUCUGAUGACCCCACGGCAUCACGCUUCGACCGCAUCGGACUGGAAUGUGAACGACAGAGGAAGGAGUCGCAAGGCACACUUGGCAUCGAUAAGCGUAAGGACACAGGCUUUCUUGAAGUCGACGGGCCUGAAUACAGGGAGAUCAGCGAACACGAAAGUAAAGACAUGGAUAACAGGUCGUCCACUGAGCACGAUACAAGCUGGGGGGAGCCAUGACAGUAUGACACAUCGCGUACCAACAUCGGCGCGGAUUGACUAG